AUGGCAACAAGGGAAUGCGAAAAUUUACGCGUUGGACACGAAUAUCUGCAAAGUGUCGCUUGGCCUUCUGUUCUACGUCAGCAAGCUCACGAUCGAUGUUAUUGUAAGCGAUGCUAUUCAUCUACACUUCCAGAUACGCUUACUGUCGCUGGCUAUAAAUAUGUUAUUCCUCGUGGAUGGACUCGUUUUGCCGUAUCUGUCGACGAGCCAAUCGCUCAGGUCCACAAUGUAUGGAAGACAUGGCUUAAUUGUUACCAUGGAACGAGUAUAGAAAAUGCGAGAUCUGCUGUUGAACAUCGACAAUUACUUCUACCUUCCGAUGUGACUUUGGCAGGAAAAAAAUUAAAAAUACGUGAAGGACAUAUUCCUGGAGAGAACUACGUGUUUACUACUCCUUCGAUAACCUAUGCAGCACUUGAAUAUUAUGCUCAUACAUAUACGUUUGAAUCGCCUAAUAAUUCACGAAUGUACACGAUCAAAGUAGUAUUGCAAUGCAAACAAAAAGCAGACUCCAUUACUGUUCAGCCAGAAACAGUUGGUGCUCGAGCAAAACAAAUAGAAAUAUGUCCUCACAUUCCGAACGAAGAGUUAGAAUGGAAAACACAAAAUAGAUCUGCUGUUCUGAUCUACGGAUUAAUGCUUGAAAUAAAACCAUGCAAUGAGGACGAUAGUCCUACUGAAACAAUACCAAUCCCAGAUCAAUCACCACCAUUGAAGCAAACACGUGAUGCACCACAAUAUUCACUAGAUAUAUCGACAGAUUCAGAUGAGAUUUAUUUCACUAAGAAAAAGAUAGCAAUACUCAUUAUACUUAUUUUAUUCACUCUGUUACCAGUAGCUGCACUUGUUCUCAGUCAAAUAUACAAAGCGGAUUGUCCGAUUGAGCCACGGAUUUCUUUCUGGUUAUUUAUUUUUGGAGUUGUGGGUGCCGGUACAUUCCUUUUGCUUUUCUUUAUAGCUUUGAUCACGUUCAGAUGUUGCUCUGAAAGAUUAAAAAUUGGGCGAGGCAUCGGUGCAUGUCUUCUAUGUUUACUAAUAUUAUUCUUUCUUGCAUGGUUAAUAAUGGGAAGUAUAUGGGUAUUUCCUCUGAAAGCGAAAGUUCAAUUUGAUCCGUCUAAUACGGAAAACUAUUGUCAAAAGAUUCUAUACAUGUUCAUUUUUGGACUACUACUUGCGCAGUAUGGAUGUAUUGCUCUUCUCGCUUGUACUGGAGUUGUUACUGCUGCAUACUUUAAAUAUCGUUAUUGA